GCGGGCGGGAGGGGCGCGCUCCCCCCGAGCGGCGGCCCCGGGCCGCGGCCCCCCGUUGCGGUCGGAGAGGCGUGCAGCACCGGGCCCUGCGAUGCCGUUUGGCUGCGUGACGCUGGGAGACAAGAAAGAUUAUAACCAGCCGUCUGAGGUGACCGACAGAUAUGACCUGGGCCAGGUCAUCAAAACGGAGGAGUUCUGUGAAAUCUUCCGGGCCAAGGAGAAGACGACGGGGAAGUUGUACACCUGCAAGAAGUUUCUGAAGCGGGAUGGGCGGAAAGUGCGGAAGGCAGCCAAAAACGAGAUCAUCAUCCUCAAAAUGGUGAAGCACCCCAACAUCCUACAGCUGGUGGAUGUCUACAUCACCCGCAAGGAAUAUUUCAUCUUCCUGGAGCUGGCCACUGGCCGGGAGGUCUUCGACUGGAUCCUGGACCAGGGCUACUACUCGGAGAAGGACACCAGCAAUGUCAUCCGGCAGGUGCUGGAGGCUGUUGCCUACCUGCACUCACUCAAGAUCGUCCACAGAAACCUCAAGCUGGAGAACCUGGUGUACUACAAUCGCCUGAAGAACUCCAAGAUCGUCAUCAGUGACUUCCACCUGGCCAAGCUGGAGAACGGGCUCAUUAAGGAGCCCUGUGGCACCCCUGAGUACCUGGCUCCGGAGGUGGUGGGGCGGCAGCGGUACGGGCGGCCGGUGGACUGCUGGGCCAUCGGCGUCAUCAUGUACAUCCUCCUGUCGGGAAACCCCCCUUUCUACGAGGAGGCAGACGAGGAUGACUAUGAGAACCACGACAAGAACCUCUUCCGCAAAAUCCUGGCUGGGGACUAUGAGUUUGACCCGCCCUACUGGGAUGACAUCUCGCAAGCGGCUAAGGAGCUGGUGACACGCCUGAUGGAGGUGGAGCAGGACCAGAGGAUCACGGCGGAGGAGGCCAUCUCCCAUGAGUGGAUCUCUGGGAAUGCUGCCUCUGACAAGAACAUCAAGGAUGGCGUCUGUGCCCAGAUCGAGAAGAACUUCGCCCGGGCCAAGUGGAAGAAAGCCGUGCGAGUGACCACGCUCAUGAAACGCCUGCGGGCGCCCGAGCAGUCGGAGACGGCGGCAGCCCCGGCCCCGGCAGCGACCCCGGCCCCGGCAGCGACCCCAGCCCCGGCAGCGGCUCCGACCCCGGCAGCGACCCCGACCCCGGCAGCGACCCCGGCCCCGGCAGCAACUCCAGCCCCGGCAGCAACUCCGGCCCCGGCUACCACGGCAGCUACCCCGGCAGCUACCACGGCCCCGGCGGCGACCACGGCCCCGGCGGCGACUCCGGCCGCCGCCCCGGCUCCCGCCGCCGCGGCCGCGGAGCCCGCGACCACAGAGCCCGCGACCGCCACCGACACGGCCCCGGCCCCGGCCCCCGCCACGGAGCCCGCAGCCCCCUCCGCCACCGCCCCGGAGCCCGCAGCCCCCGGCACGCCGCCCGCCGCCGCGCAGCCCCCGGCCCCUGGCACACCGCCCGCCGCCACAUCUACCGAGGCCGGGGCCGCCGCCGAGCCCCCCAGCGAGCAGAGCGGCUGAGCGGCGCCCGCGCCCCCUGUACAUAGCCCCGGCAUGGCCCCCCCGCCCCGCCUGCGCCCCCUUUUCUACGUGCCCCGCCGGAGAGCCGGCCGCGGGGCAGAGCCCUGCAUGGCGCCCGUCCCCCCGUGUCCUCCCAGCUCUCUCAGUCUGUCCCCCGCCGCCGUCCCCUGCCCCGGGGAUGCCCAGAGACGCGGGGCAGCCCCGCUCGGCCGCACGCCCCGCAGCGCCGGGGGGGCGUCCCCAGCCCCCCGGGACACGCGUGCAUGUGCGGGACCGCGGGCGGGGCCGCCCGGGACGGAGCGGGGGCCGUCCCGGAGACCCCCUCUCCGUCCCGGGACCCCCGGGGGGGGACACGGGGACCCCCGCCCGGGGGCAGCCGCACGGCCCCCCACUCGUUGUGCCUGGAGGACCCCCGGUGCCCCCCCGUGCCCCCUCCCCGGUGCCCGCUUCCCCCCUCGCAGCUGCAUGCCUGCAGGGCCGGCUCUGCCCGCGGCUGCCGCCGCCGCCCCGCGCCCCGCCGCUGUAUCUCUGGCAAAUAAAGACCCCGCUGAGGACAAACUGA